GCGCAACACCUAUGACAAUACAUUACACACUAUAAUUGUACGAUUGAAUGGCAGACGAGAUGUUAACUGUUAUAUUUGCUUAUUAUUUCGUAGUUUUUUUCUAUUUAUAGCAUCAUAAUUUGGCGGGUGCAAUAGCGGAACCUUUUCUGCGCGGUAUCGGUUUCUUGCUGUUGCAUUUAACCGACCCCACUCUAGUUUGUGGAUGAUGUUGGCAGCUGGUAAAUAUGAAGAAAAAAACAACAGAGAAAAAGGGCCAUGUAGUUGCAUGGAUCAACAAAGCAGAAUGGGACCAGGUGCUCGAGUAUCUGUACUCAAAGGAUUGUGCUUUACAAAAGUAUGCAUUACACCGAAUAUCGGCGUGGAAGGGCAGAUUUGCCCACAACACUCCCAUCGCUGUAGAAAGCACAGCAGACCUGGUCAGAUGUCAAAUACUUGACAGAUCAGGAAAACUUGACGCUGACGACCUGGUCUUGCUUUAUGGAACAGCACUCAUGAGGUUUGUCAACUUAAUUACAGAGCGUCAGCAGGGGAAAAUCGCUCGUCCCCUCAGAAGGCUAGCCAGCAAUUUGAAGAUCCCUGAGUGGAUUGUAAACCUCAGACAUGACAUUACCCACCGCAAGCUCCCUACCUUGAAAUGGUGUCGCAAAGGUUGUAAGUUUGUGCUGGAGUGGCUUCAGCAGGAGUACUGGUCCAGGCAGCUGGGCAGUGGGCUGGCUGAGAACUGGGAGUCCCAGUCUGAGGGGGAGGAUGGAGAAGAUGAGCUUCAGAGGCAGGAGGAUGAGCUCAUCACCAGACAAAAAGAAAUUGAAUCCUACAAGAAGGCACGAGAGUUAUUGAUAUCUUUUGAAAAAGAGCAGUUUCAGAUGUUUGAAGGAUUUCUAGAGGAGGACAAACUGUCGAGCUUGUGGCCAGAACCCUCUGCAGACAUGAGCUGGAUCCUUGCCCAGAUCAAGCACUUUGCAUUAGAGUCUAGUGAAAUACUAAUAGAUGCAUUGAUUGAGGAUGGAUUCAUGGUUCCAACCAUUGAACAACUGGUGUCACUUAGUGUCGACAACUCAGACCCCACUGCUCCCCACCUUCCUCGAGUUGUCCUGCGUUUCUGGCUGCCCCUCCUGAAGGAUCUCAACUCUCAGCUCUUCAUUCAUCUCCUCCUGGAGAAACUGUUUGUGGAGCUGCAGCAGCUCCCUGAAGACAACCAGAAACACAGAUCCUUCUACAUCGCUGGGUGGAUUUCUGAGGUCAUCCUCUGCAACUCCAACAAGAAUGAAUACCAUUAUGAAUCGAAAAUCCAGAGGAAAGCCAGACUGAAGGACAAGAUCUUUAUGAAACGCAUCCAGCUGAGGUGGCAGCAACUCCUUGCAGCAUGUCUGAAUGCUCCCUGCGUGGCCACGCCUCACCUGCUCCAGCAGAUCCUGGAGGACAUGGAACAUCUGAUGCCCUUGGACACCCGACAGAAGCUACUCAGACUGAGCAGUAUCUACACUCAGGGGGCAGACUCUGGGUGUGACCCUCCCAUGGAGCAUUCAGGCCAGCCUAGCGGUAUCUACACCCUGGAGAGCCUGCAUGAGAGGCUGCGGGUGCAGUCCAAACACCAGGUCUACAUGAUGCACCCAGGAAUCGUGUCUGACUCACGCAAGGCCCUGCCAGAGAGGACCGAGGACUUCCAAGAGCACCUGAGCCCAGAUGUCCUGGCCGAGAGGGCCGCGGAACUCAGGGGUUCUCCCUGGCAAGUUUGCACAGACAAAGUCCAGUGGAAGAACUAUCCUCUUGGGAAAGUUCCAGGCCAGUCAGAGGACCCUUCCUGCCUAAUGGUAGAUAACUUCUCUACCAUUAUGGUGUUUGACCAGCAGGUGGAAAUGGAGAAUGCCACUCAGCACAAUGCGCAUGCAGGGGUCUCAAUGCCACACAGAGUCACCACGGAUGGGCUUCUCUGGACACACAAUGACAUCAGCAAAUUGAAAGCUGGCCUGCAACUGUUUUAAACAAAUAUGCCAAUACUGUAAAAUAAAGGCCUUCACUGUCAUUGAUCUUCAUCUGCAAACGCAUUGCAUUGUUUCUACUCUGACAUGCCAAAAGCAUUUAUUUUAUUUUUUUCCAGCAAAGGCACGUGGCAAAUAAAAGUACUUAGAGUACCCAAGACAUUG